GCGAGUGGACUCUGCUUCCGCCACCAGGGCGCUAGGGCUUGGGUCACGGACAGGUCACGCCCCAGGUUUGGCAGUGUGGACUUGGGUGUUUGUCCUUCGCCCUUCCCAAAGCCGUAGCGCUGAUCAGUGCGGACAGCGGGGCGCUGCGAGGCGCGGCACCUGGCGCCCUAAGUCGCGGCGCACGCCGGCUGCACCAUGGUCCAGCUCACUACUGUCCUCUGCAAGGCCUACCAUGGAGGCCACUUAACCAUCCGCCUUGCCUUGAGUGGCUGUACCAACCGGCCUUUCUACCGCAUUGUGGCUGCUCACAACAAGUGCCCUAGGGAUGGCCGUUUCGUGGAGCAGCUGGGCUCCUAUGAUCCAUUGCCCAACAGUCAUGGAGAGAAAAUCGUUGCUCUCAACCUGGACCGGAUCCGGCAUUGGAUCGGCUGUGGGGCUCACCUCUCUAAGCCUGUGGAGAAGCUUCUGGGUCUCUCUGGCUUCUUCCCUCUGCAUCCCAUGAUGAUCACAAAUGCUGAGAGGCUGCGAAGGAAACGGGCACGUGAAGUCCUCUUAGCAUCUCAGAAAACAGACACAGAAGCUACAGAAACAAAAACGAGCUGACUUCAGCUGAGCUUGAGCAGAGCAUUGGGAAUAAGUUACCAGCGAUCUCGCUAUGGCAUCAUCAAGUCUGUCCCAGGGGUGUCACUGGUUGGCCUCCCUUGCUUUGAGGGAACUUUGAAGGCAGAGCAGGCCAAGAAGAACUGACUACCUGGAUUUCAUCUGGAAUCUGGGAAUGAGAAAUGCUAUGAAAACCAUGGGAACUCUGGAAGUUAAAGAUAAUAAUCCACUUUGGAGAGUUCAAGAUCUUUGGGUAAACUGUAAUUGUAGAUCAGAGGAGAAUGAUUCUGAAAAGUAUUGAACAGCAAGGGGAACUGCUGGGAAAUGAGUUAAGCUAAGGUAUUAUUUUGAGCUACUGAGUUUCUGCCAACUCAAGUAUUCACUUUGUGCUUUGGUUUAUCCUUUGCCUAUGAUCUGUAUACACACACUUCCUGUGUGAGCUCAUCCUGUCCCUGAUUUCCAAGGUUAUCUCAAGCUCUAGCCUUGCUUUGGAUCUCCUGACACAGUUUCUCACCAUGUUCUAGUUGAUUGCAUCAAAUUCAACAUGCUCAAACCCAGCUUUGUACUUUAGAAAGCAUUAAAAAAAAAAAAAAAAAAGCUUUUUCUUCAGCAUCUUUAUUUUUACUAAGAUGAGGGUUUGGGUCACGUUACCUUCACCAAAGUGAAAGGUAAAUGGGAAUGAUUCUGUAAUAAACGUUAGAGUUAAAAGACCGGUAUUUUGUGCUUUUGGUUUAGGGUUUUUUUUCUUGCAGGAAUCGAGGGAAAGCCCUUACCCAGCAGUCCCAGCCUGUAGGUUGCAAAAUUAUUGGGUCUGCGCGUUCUGUGUACUCCUGUCUGGAUCGUUGAACCAUAUCAAAUUGCCAAACGUCAAUGCUAAUGCAGUUUUUUACAUUAAAAA